AUGGAGCCAGUCAAGAAGGACUUCCCGAUGAACUACGCCUACUUCAUGAACCAACCCCUCGAGGAAUGGACACACCAUGCCACCCCGAGCAAGAACGUCACCCUCAAAAUGUCCACCUCCAACUCCGCGGAGUCCAACCUUGCAGCGGUUGGCCAAGAGGUUGGUGAAUGA